UGAUCCACACGCACUUCAUUCGUUCACGAGCGUUGGGUCUGUGCGGUUCGUUGCAGGGAAACGCGCGUUUGUUUUGAAAGUUUUUCGCUCUUUAUCAUCGCAAUAAAUACAUAAAUACAUACAAGAUGUUUGUCGAGCAUCAGACACGUCCAUUGUCGCCACCGGCAACACCUCCACUUAUUCCCAAAGAGGGUUUUUGUGAAAGUUCCAACGGAAGUGAUGGAGAAUUCAUGCGUGGAACUAAGCGUAGUGCCACACCAAUUCUACCACCAACACCACAACCCUCCGAUUCGGAAUGUGAGGAGUUUUAUCCGGAACCCAAACGGUUUAUUUCUAAUACAAUGUACGAGGCGAAGAGGAUACCCGCACCGGCGCCUCCACCAAUUGUGCAAGCGGAAGCUGUGUCGGUGAUAAUGCACGCCAACAAACAAGGAAUAUGUACGCCGGUCAUCCAGGAACCCGAAAUGAACUUAGUGCGGUCUAUUAAAUACAAAAUGGGCAAACGUGAUAACCGCCCCAACAUUACAACCACUCCUGUGCCCUCCACACCACAACAACAACUACAACCACAACCUUCACAAGUACAAGUGCCUAUCAUACCACUACCCCCACCACCUGCAGUAGUAACUCAAAUCCCUAUCCAAACCAUCUCCUAUCAAACUCAAAUAAAACCCUCUUCACAGAUCCCAAUUGCCCCUAAAGUCCUAGGUCCUAAUAUCUUCCUCUCUACUGUUGCGGAUGAUGGUACAAUCAUCCCAACAAGAUUCGUCAUACUCUCAUCACCAGUCCAAGCCGCACCAGCAGCGCCACCUACUAGAAAUCGUGUUUUUAAAUGUGAUCAUGAUGGAUGCUCAAAGACCUACUUCAAGUCAUCGCAUUUGAAAGCCCACAAACGCACGCAUACUGGUGAGAGACCAUUCGAAUGCAGCUGGGAGGAUUGCGGAAGGAGGUUUUCACGCAGUGAUGAACUCUCGAGGCACAAGCGUACACACACCGGAGAGAAGAAGUUUAAGUGUACCAUGUGUGAUAAGUGUUUCAUGAGGUCGGAUCACCUUGCUAAACAUGAGAAACGACAUGCGAAGGAACGCGGUGUUGUUACUACUUCCACUAGGGCGCUAGGUGUGGGUGCUGGGGUUGCACCAAGACCGAUUAAACCCGUGCCCAUGGUGGUACCACAUUUACUCGCAAUCAGUUAAAGGGUUGGUGAUAGUUAAUGAAAUACUGUAUAUGCACAGUGAUGCAAAGCUUUAAUGGACUGACUUGACUGAUUCGAUUCGAUUGUAAUGAAGAUGGAGGAAAUUGUCUGUGAUUGCAUAUAUUCAUUUGUAGAAUCAUGUUCAACUACAUUUAUUAUUGAUAAUUUUGUUAAAAAUAUUGUGAUGGAAACAUAUUAUCAAAUAUUUAUUUUUCAUAUAAAGUACGAGUUUAGCUUCUCCUUUGUAUUAUUAAUUUUUAUUAUGUUGUGUUCUAGUUAUUUAUACGAUAUAGAAAUAAAUUGAAUAAUUAUUUCUUUUUAUAAAAUGAAA